AGCGAGAUUUGUCUGAAAAUGGACAAAAUGGACAGAAGGAACUGGAAAUCCUAAAAGCAUCUCCUCCAGGAAACUGGUUCUUUGGCUCAGAGGGCCUCUCAGCUUCAGACCAUGGAACGUGUCACGUUGAGAUGGAGAGCUGCAACAGUUGUGCUGCAAGGACUGCUGGCGUUGAUCUUUCUUAUUUCAGGAAUUUCUGCCUUGAAGUGUCAUAGCUCCAGCACCGUGAAACUUACCACUCCGCACAAGGGCAACACCACAUCAACUACUUCCAUAGCAGGUGGCAUUAGAAACUGCUCCAGUGCAGAGAACGUUUGCACAGAUGCGCAACUUACAUUCACUAUAGAUAAAGACGUUUUGAUAAUGAGCCACAAAGGCUGCGCCAGCAAGGACCUUAUGGAUGGAACAAAACCAUUCACCUCUGGUGACCGACACUUUGCCAUCCAGUUUGACCAGAGCUACUGUUUUGGUGACCUUUGCAAUGCGAAAACGAGGGAAGUUUCCAAGACCCCUAUCAAGGACGAAGUAACGGGCUCCAACCAGUGUUACUCAGGCUUUGGUUGGGGUGGAAGCAUCAAGGGGACUAUGAAAUGCAGCAAAGACUACGACCGGUGCUACCAAGGCAGCAUGAACAUUACUAUUGCAAUAGAUGCAGGAGGAUUCAGCUCCGUGCCCAUGAUCAUCAGGACCUGCCAGCGCUCAUCCUGCGAUGUUAUAAAGAGCCAAUCCUUUGGCCCUAUAAAUAUCACCAGCGAGUCGGGGCCUUGCUGCUCUGGCAGCAAAUGCAAUUGGAAGGAUGAUGGCUUUUCAUUCAAUAUGAACAGCACUGCCAACCGAAACCUCUUUUCUGAUAAGGAUGAGGAUGAGGAUAAUAACCUUGGACAUGCAGAAGUACCUGUCACCCUGAAGUCAGGUUUCCAGGGGCUCAGCCUUCAACUGUGCCCUUUCCUGGCAGUCCUAGGAGCCACCGUCCUUGGGAUAUGAGGGUGAGGAAGGGGUUUGGGGAGUACCUGAACUGCUGGAACCUGCAUGUGGGAAGGAAGGAAGGAAGGAAGGAAGGAAGGAAGGAAGGAAGGAAGGGAGUGAGUGAGUUAGGGCUGUGAUGGGCUAUAGUUAGGGUUUUCAUAUUUCAAAUGGUGAAAAUCCAGACUUUUUGAGCUAAUCCUAUGGAUAAUUUGCUAAAACAGCACUGCCAACAUGGGCUGCCAUAACCCCGGAUUUCCCCAAACAUUUUGCAGAUUUCUGACAAGACACAGCUGCCGACUGUUGCCACAUGUGUGGCAACCCUAACUAUACCCAACUAAGUGCUACUCAGAGCACACCUACUGAAGUCAAUGCUUCAAUGGGUCUCACUCUCCAUAGGACUGGUUUUGGAGACAACUCAUAAACUACAUAUUCAAUAUAAUACAGUGGUACCUUGGGUUACAAACGCUUCAGGUUACAAACUCCACUAACCC